GAUUUUCCUUCUCCAAGCCUCACCUGAUCUCUCAAUUGGAGCGAGGGGAAGGACCCUGGGUAGCAGACAUCCCCAGAACCUGGACCACCGCAGGAUUGCACAUAGGUGACAGAACACAGAGCAAGACUUCGACUUCAACGCAGAAGCAUUCUGGACGACAACUCCCCGGGGUAGAUUCACAAGGUGGCAAGGAGGGGCAGGCGGCGAGGUCGUCUGUGCUCCACAGAGGUUCCCAGGGCUUGGGGCCAAGCUCGGCCGCGGGGCCGCAGGGCCCCAAAGGCGCAGAGAAGCGGUACCUGUGCCAGCAGUGCGGGAAGGCCUUCAGCCGCAGCUCCAACCUCAUCAAGCACCGUAUCAUCCACAGUGGCGAGAAACCUUACGCGUGCCGUGAGUGCGGCAAGCUGUUCCGCCGCAGCUUCGCGCUCCUGGAGCACCAGCGCAUCCACAGCGGCGAGAAGCCCUACGCCUGCCCGGAGUGCAGCAAGACCUUCACGCGCAGCUCCAACCUCAUCGAGCACCAGCGCACGCACCGCGGCGAGAAGCCCUACGCCUGCCGCCAGUGCGCCAAGGCCUUCAAGGGUGUCUCGCAGCUGAUCCACCACCAGCGCAGCCACAGCGGCGAGCGCCCCUUCGCGUGCCGCGAGUGUGGCAAGGCCUUCCGUGGUCGUUCGGGCCUCAGCCAGCACCGGCGCGUGCACAGCGGUGAGAAGCCCUACGAGUGCAGCGACUGCGGCAAGGCCUUCGGCCGGCGCGCCAACCUGUUCAAGCACCAGGCAGUGCACGGCGCCAGGCGCCCCGCUAAGACGGAGACCGCGCGGCGGAGAGCGGGCCCUGGGAGCGGUGGCCCUGGGAGCGCGCUGGCGGCCAGCAGCCCCCCGCGGCCGAGCGCGGCCGCCAGGCCUUCCAGGCCCAGUCGCCGCUGACUCCCCAUGGGGCCGGUCUGCGUGGGGGGCCUUCCAGGGGACGUCGAGGCUCAGCCCCCUUCAGAUGGGAAGACUGCCCUCCCAGGGCCUCGAUUUCGGCCACAGCUCUGACCUCUUUGGUCAUCAGAAGACCACAGGCAGAGCCUCACCCUGAAGUUGAGAAACGCAGGAAGGACUCAAAACCGAGGACUGCCGCCUGCCCUGGCUCCUCCAUUAACGGCAGUGCAGGCUGGGAAUGGAGGCCCUCUACUCCCUCCUGAGUCCUGGGCCUUGCAACUGAGGCAUAGAGACGGCACCUGGGCCACUCGUCCCUGAGCCACAGGUACUAUUGUGUGUGUACAGGCGUGUGUGGAGGGGAUGCGCGAACCACCCCCCGAUUUGCAUCAGAAUCGCCUGCUGCGGGUAGCGGGGAGGCCGCGUGAGGCCAGUGAGGCCGGCCAGCCGGGGGCACGCUGGCUUGGAGUUACAGAGGAGUGGUCCAUUUCCUCCCUGGGGGUCGUUCCCCUCGUCCUAAGAGUUGUUAGUGUUCCCAGGUAGAAGAUACUGAAAGCACUUUAAUCCUUUAAGCGCUUAUAUUGCAGGUGGAGGAGGCGCUAAAGUUAGCACAGAGGCAAGAGACUCCCUGAAUGUGGGUACAGGAUGGGGGGCUGUGCCGGAAAACUCCCGCCUUGUCUGGGUGCCCCCAGCUGCUUCUGGAAGGAGGAGUAGCGCCCAGGCCCCAUCAUCCCUGAGCACCUGUGGUUCUGGGAAUGGCUAGCCCAGGCCCUGCAGAGAGGAUAAGACCCUUCAGGUCACUCACAAUUGGACAUUUGUAGCUAGCCACCCUGCUGACUUUGGUUUCCCCCCCUCCCGCCCCCCACCUUCUGGCCCCCCAGACCCCACCAGCAAAGGCCACCCUGGCCUCUCUGUCCCCUGUCCCCCUGCCCCGCCCCACCACCAGUGCCUAAAGCUUCACACUUACCUGCUCCUCCCCAUCAGGCAGCCUCUCUUGUGGCUGGUGACGAUUAGGAGGAAAGCCAGACGGGUUAGGAAUUUGCACUUAGGCAACAGAUCAAGCCCAGGAACAAAUCUUUCAUCGAAUGUCUUUUGCGUGACAUUUUGUAGAAUAUUGGACGUUCCGUUGCUUUGAAUGUUUUUGUAUUCAGGGGUAAUGUACUUUGAAAAUAGAGAUUUUGCCAUAUCGGAGUAUCAGGGAAUCACUGCCUAAAUAAGAGUUCCCCCAGCCCUCUGAGAAGACCUCAGGCAGGAGAAAGGGGGCCACUCCAGGCCUGCCCCCCAAACCCAUGAGUGUGGUGGCAAGCCUGACCCCUCUUCUCCCUACAAUGAUGCAGUCCACCCCUCUUCCCCUUAGCCCUGCAGAAACAGGGCAGACCCUUCAAAUGGCACUUUGCUGAAAGCCAAGGGGAAUUCUCAAGGAAAAGGCUCGGGGCUGGCAGAGGCAGCUGCUGGCAGGCCUUAUCCUAGUCCCCCAGCACUGUCCCCAGAGCUGGGCUCACAAGCUCUGCCCCUUGGUGCUCUCAGCCCAGCGUCCUGGUCAGCAGCCACCUCCUUCCAGCCCUGUCCCCUCCCAGGGGAGAGGGGGUUUGUCAUUCACAAGGCCUGAGGGCAGGUGGGUGGUAGGUGUGGUGGAGGUGGAGGAGGUUCAAGGACAGCUGGCUCCUAUCAGGAGAGUGUGGGAAGACCGAACAUACAGGAUUCCCUCGGAGAAUACUGCUUGGAGUGCCAGUCACUAGGACAACUCCAGAAAUGUUACACACACACACACACACACACACACACACACAGGUUUUAUAUAUAUAUAUAUUUUUUGAAAACUUCUAGAGUUCUUGUAAGUUGCACUUAUACCGUAGCGUCCUUCAGCAGGUCCCUGUCCCCUCUCCUGUGAUUGUGUUCUUGUCUGCAAGCCUGUCUCAUAAGCCCACAAGUGUGUGUCAGGCCUGUCCCCGUGUCCUUGAUGCCAGGCCCAGUGCUGGUAAUCAGUAAGCAUGAGUGAAAUGG